CUCCCACCCCCAAUUAAACCAGAAGCAGGGAGGUGCGUGGGAGAGAGCCUCUGCCCAGAGGCGUUUGGGGCAAGUGGUCUUUUUUGGAAGACGGAAACUAACAGAAACCCAUUCCAGAGCAGUGCCAGAAUGAAGUGCGUGCAGAGUGCUGGGGAAGCCCUGGGCCGGGAGAGACGUUGGAGCUGCGCGGGAAGGUGAAGAAACGGACACUCGGGCCAAGCCACCCUGCCAAAGGCAGAGCCAGAACUCACACCCAGAUCCAGAGAGGACAGGAAAAUGGCCACCUGGGAUGAAAAGGCUGGCUCCCGCAGGGCCAAAGUGGCUCCGGCAGAGAGGAUGAGCAAGUUCUUGAAGCAUUUCACUGUCGUUGGGGACGAUUACCAUGCCUGGAACAUCAACUACAAGAAAUGGGAGAAUGAGGAAGAUGAGGAGGACGAGGAGGAGCAGCCGCCACCAACACCUGCCUCCGGUGAGGAGGGCAGAGCUGCCGACCCGGCUGCGGCCCCUGUCCCUGCGCCCAGGCCCCCCCUAGACUUCAGGACCACAUUGAGGAAGCUGUUCAGCUCCCACAGGUUUCAGGUUAUCAUCAUUUGCCUGGUCAUUCUGGAUGCCCUCCUGGUGCUCGCUGAGCUCAUUCUGGACCUGAAGAUCAUCAAGGCUGACAAGAACGCCGUCAAGGUGUUUCACUGCAUGAGCAUUGCCAUCUUGACCUUCUUUAUGAUGGAGAUUUUUCUAAAAUUAUAUGUCUUCCGCUUGGAGUUCUUCCACCACAAGUUUGAAAUCCUGGACACCAUCGUGGUGGUGAUUUCCUUCAUCCUUGACAUUGUCCUCCUGUUCCAUGAGCACCAGUUUGAGGCUCUUGGCCUACUGAUUCUGCUUCGGCUGUGGCGGGUGGCCCGGAUCAUCAAUGGAAUAAUUAUCUCCGUUAAGACACGUUCAGAACGUCAACUAUUGAGGUUAAAACAGAUGAAUAUACAGUUGGCCGCCAAGAUCCAACACCUUGAAUUCAGCUGCUCUGAGAAGGAACAAGAAAUUGAAAGACUUAACAAGCUCUUGAGACAGCACGGACUUCUUGGUGAGGUCAACUAGAUGCGCACCUGCUCCACCCCAAAGAGAAGACCCCGCUUCCACGGGCUUGUGUCUCUGAGAGAAAGACAGCUGCCUCUCCUGGGCCCGUUUCGGGGAGAGGUUUGGUUCGAUGCCUUUGCCUCACCUCCACCCAGCUUGGAUUCCGGGGUGGGCAGGUGGUAGGGGGAGGGGGAAGGCGGGGGAAAGGCUUGCCCUUCCUUUCUUGGUGUGACCAAGAGCUUCCCAUCCCGUCCUCACUCCACGUCACCAUGUAUCAUAAACUAUAUUCUCUCAUGUUGACACUUUUGCUUGAAAAUGAACGAAGCUGGACAACUACUAGUUGUAUAUAAAAUUUUAUCUCAUCAGUGUACUUUUCACAUUUCGCGUGUAUAUUGAGGAACCAGUGCCUUCUUUCAUAUGGGCAUUCUGAAAGACAAAGGAAAAAAGAAAGCUACCUUAGCUACCAGCCCAUUCUAGAACGUCUUCUCUUCCCAAGCUGUUCUCAACAGCUCCUCUUGGUGCAUAUUCCUCCAGGGAGGUUGUCCUCAGGUACCCAGCCCCUCCUCUGCCGCAUCUAGCUUCUAACUGGCUCUACCCAGUUCCACCACCUGACAACUUUUUUCUCAAUUACUGUGCAAUUAAUGUAUAAAAGCAACUCCCUCCCUCGGGACCUCCUACUCUAUUCUUUCCAGCAUCAACUGAUAGGAACUGCUCUGUGGUAUUCCGUACAACCACCCGUUGGAGAGCUCCAGUGCCUGCCACCAAAAUAGCAAUUAGACCCAAGACUCCAUGUAAUGAAGGUGACACCGGGGAAAGAUCCCCUCAUGAGGCCCUGUGCUCUACUUGCAUGAUUUUGUACAAUUUUGCUAUUUUUGUAUUCGUUUCCACGGGACCAGUAAAGGAAAGAAAACCUGGACUACAAACAAUGAGUAUUUUUAAAAUAAGUCAUGUUGAAGCAGAGGAUGAAUACACUGGAUGAACCCUCGAUGCCUGAGCUACUUCAGGGUCUGUCCCCUGUACCAUCUUCCCAAAGCUGCAAUUUGCUUUCCACACGUGACCUAUGUGCCGACAGUACUGGAAAUCACCAAGACCAGACGGUGCCCCAUUCUAAGGUCACACUAAGUAGAAUUUCCAAAAGGAAAAAGGAGGGAAGUGAGCGGAGAGAGGAGAUGUGUGGUUUGAGGGCAACCCCACAGGUCAGAGGUGUAACACCACAGGAGGUCUCCAAGGGAGCCCACGCCCCACAGCACUUGAUUCUAGAGGUGUGGUGUCAUUUCCUUGAUUAAAAACUUACGUCAAACAAAGGGGAAGAAGAAAUUAAACGGCAGCUUGGCAUUGAUGGUUGGCCGAGCCCUGAAGCCCGCCUCUGCAGGUGCAGACACAUCCACAAAAGUAACCGCAGUGGAAAUAAGAACCGUUCUUUCAUUUCCUGAGUUAGUCUGUAAUAAAAAGAGCGAUGCAAGCCCUGCCUUCCAGCGUGCUAACAAAGAUGGGACAUGUUGCGUUCUUUUCCGCACGUGAUCGUGGUCAGUGCAUCUCACAGGUAUGCGGAGGGCCCAUCAGCCACUAACUUGGAUGAAAGAUACCACUAUUACCCAGGUUGUCCUAACCCAUCAAUGUCAAUCGCAACUCAAUUUUCAAUGAAUUUUAAGGAUCAAAUCUAAACAAGAACGCUAAUGUGAAUUCAACUGUUGUCAGAAUUUUCUAACUAAAUGACUGCUAAAGUGUUUAAAUUUCAAUAAUUUUUUCACAGAAUAAAUUUUAUUAUCACACUUGA